UCAGCGAGAGUAAUGUGGACUGUGAAACGGGGUCAAAAUAGUGAAACAUCCCGGGGAAUAUCGCUGAAUUUGUGGAUCCGAUAGUUUUGAAAACAUCCGUAUACAUCCACAAAAGCAUUGGAUGUAUGAAAAGAAGAUUUUUGAGGGGAAUAAUUUGUAAAUUACUUUAUUUUUCGCCUGUCGCUACAACAUAUACAUCGGCCUAUCACAGUACUAAUGCUGUGCUCGCUUGAAAGAAAAGGAUGAAUGUUUGAUUCCUCGUCGUAUCGUCUUCCUCUCUUUUUCCCCGGCCCGUCUGUGUUGGACCUGCUAUGGUGGACUCGAAUGCAAUGAGGAAGACUUUUGUGGUCCCGGACGUAAAGCCACUGGAUCAGUAUGAUUUCACCAGAGCCAGAAUCUGCGCCAGUGUCGGUUGGCUGCUGGCAAAAUCUUACGGCAAUGCAGAGAAUGUCCCAGUGGAGCUGCGAGACCCAUUCUACUGUGACCAGUAUGAGCAAGAGCACCUGAAACCUCCCGUCACAUGCCUGCUUCUGUCCCCUGAAAUCUACUGUCGCACUUACGGACUUCUGCUGGGCGGAAGCCCGGGGGCCGAGGGCCCCCCCAAAGACAUCCGAGGCCUCCUACAGCUCCUGACCAGAAAGGGCUUGGCGCCCAAAGACCAGAAUGCUCCCGUGACAGAGGCUGAGCUCUGCCAGAAGCCCAUCAAAAUGAGUGCCCACUUGGAGUUGAUAGAUGCCUUAAUGACAGUGGGUGCCAUGGAGACGGUGAGUGCAGUCAUGGCAAGUGGUGGAUCCGAGCUGCUCGGUACAGAUGCAAGCUGGGACAGAGCCCUGCUCUGCUGGGUAAACCUGCUGAAUCAAAAGUUGAAGGAGCAAACAGAAGGUACACAGACUGAUACAUCUCCGCUUUGCUGUGAACCACAGUCUGUUCAGCCUUUGAUCCGGUACAGGAAGGACAGGAUGCAGUCUAAGCUCAAACCUUGUUUUCCUGUGGUGACUGAAGUGAAGGAUCUCUCAAACGGAUGUGCUGUUGCUGCUGUUAUUCACCAUUAUUGUCCUGGUCUGCUGAGAUUAGAGGAUGUCUGUAUGAAGGAUGCAAUGUCAACAGCUGACAGCCUGUACAACCUACAGCUGAUUCGAGAGUUCUGCGACAGCUGUCUUAAGAGCUGCUGCCCUCUAGUGCUGGAGGAUUUUCUCUACAGCCCAGAAGAACUAAAGACGAACAUCCUGAGCUUUCUGUCAGAACUAUUGUAUUGGUUUGAGGUGUCAAAGCCAGAGUUUGUUCAGCCCCUGCAGGUCUCGGAGCUGACUGAAUCCUCUGGAAGGACUGAUAACGGCAACAGUGGAACCAGUAAUAGUGGUUCUCCCUCCAUCUUCAAAAAGCCCUUCCUGCCCAUCUCUUCCCCUGUGACUGCAGCAACAGGAUCUUUGACUCAGUCUACCUCAAUGUCUCAUGUAGAGGCAGCUGGAGGAACAUGGACUAAAAAACCGCUCAGUCGCCCCCUUUCCUCUGCGGUGUCAUUUAGUAUACCUUUUGGUCUGGACAGUGAUGUGGACAUUGUGAUGGGCAACCCUGUAAUUACUCGAUCUGUCAGCUCUGACAAUCUCAACCAUGCUGCCCAAUCUAUGACACGAGUCCCCUACACCCCACCGGAGGAUCUUAGCCACUUGCUGAGUAAGGCAAGUGCCACUGGCACCAAUGGCCCUCAGAGAGCUUCCUGGGCCACUCGAACUCGUUCAAUGCUGGCUGAGGAGAAUGGCAUUGAUGAGAGCGAGACCGGUGAGUUGCCCACCAUCGAAGAGGCACUACAGAUCAUCCACAAUGACGAGAAGAUGGAGCCGCGCCUUCACCCUGACGGGGCGCCUGAUGGUUUCUACCUGCAUUCACCAGAUGAUCCAGCACAUUCCAGACACAAUGGCAGCCCUGUGGCUCUCAGCUCAUCAGUCCCAUCACGCUCAGGAAUGCCCUACCACCGAUCCUCGGGAGUGCCACCAGAACCUAGCCGCACCAGGCACACCUCAGAAGGUUCCAGAGAUGACGACUCUGUGUUAAGAGAUGGAAGCGUGGAUUCUGAUGCUUCAGAAGACCUUCCAAAAACCCACUCUACCCCUGCCACGCCUGCCUCUGGGCCUCGCAUAACACAACCUUGUGGUGAAGGGACACCAGACAGCGGCGUUAGAAUGACCAGCUUCGCCGAACGGAAGAAGAAACUUGGUCCAGAGCAGGUACACCCCAAUGAGCCACUGGCUCUGCAAAUGAAUACUUUGGCCAAGAAAUCAGAGGAGAGCCCCAGCAAAAGUCCUGCUCUUGGCACAGAGAUGUCGGAAUUGGGUGCGAGACUGGAGGAGAAGCGUAAAGCCAUUGAAGCUCAGAAGAAACGCAUUGAGGCCAUCUUUGCCAAACACCGACAGAGGCUGGGAAAAAGUGCAUUCCUACAGCUGAAAAAGGAGCAAGUGGACGGGAAUGGCAAGGAAGAGCAUCAAGAGGAGGUAGUCACUUCCUCCAUAGAGGACGACCUGAACCGCUUGCCACUGGAGGAGAGACUGGCAUGUUUGGAGAGGGAGGAGCAGCAGGAGGAGCAACAAGGGGAACAGCUGAAAAAAUGGGAGAAAGUGGGGAACAUUAAGCCCUCUGCACAACAGGACAAUCCAGCAGAGAAAGAAAAAGCUGAAGUAGGGGUACCUGGAGGAAAAGGCACCGCCCCACUGGGUGAUUACAACAAUGCAGUGUCUAAACUAAGCGCUGCUCUUAAUUCUCUUCAGAACGAUAUGCAACGCCUCUCUGAGCAGCAGAACCAUCUGAUGAGUAAGAAAGCGGCUGCCAACAACCAGGCUUGGGUCAUCCCUCCGAGCUCCAAAUCAACAAAUGCCACUUCUCAUUUGUCUAGGGACUCUACUCAUGACCUUCCCUCUACCUCUUCCUAUCCUUCCCCCUCACACAAGAAAGCAAGUCACACCACGCCCCCAAAAUCACCUGGGUCCCAUCGAAGGGUGCAAUCUGCACCUCCAAAAAGCCCCAAACUGAACCAGCGGCCUGCAGAGCUCAAGACGCCUGCUUCCACACGAUUUAUAACUCUUCCUCAGAGUGUGGAAAACCUCCCUCACUUACGAAGAGGCUCACCGUGGCAGUACGGGGACCAUAAUUCAUUUUCUUUCAGCAUAGGCACAACCAAUCAAAGUGAAUCCCGUUCAGCUUCGUCCCUAGGCAGACCUGAAGACAACUUCUCAGACACUGGCUCUAGUGAGGACCAUACAAUCUUUAGUAUUGACCUGGAGGGUGGAUCCUCACAGGCUCUUUCCCGAAAGGAGCGUCAAGGUGGCAGCAGCUCAGGAGCUCCUUCUGAAUGCUCUUUUGAAAGUGAUGUUCCUGCUGCGGCUUUCAACGGCAAGCGCGGCAGCCUGAUCGAGAUCUCUUUAUCAUCUCUGAAAGCACUGGAUGGUGAAGAGGCGGAUCAGAGCCUGGAUAUUUACUCGGACUCAAUGAGUGACCAGACAGAGCCAGAAAUAAGGGGAGGAGUUGGAUUUUUCUAUAAGCAGGAAGAAGCUCGACCUGAGGAUGAGAUGGCUCAGAAAAGAGCUGCAUUACUUGAGAAACAACAGAAAAGAGCAGAGGAAAUUAAAAGACGAAAACAGGAGCAAGAAAGAGAGAGGGAGGCGAGGUCUUCUUUAUUGGGUGACUCCCGUAAAGGGGAGGAGAGACCCCAGACUCCUUGCACCCCUCCACCUCCCCGCACCCCUCCAUCAGAGGGCACACCUCAGCGCCGUGGAGACUUUACCCGCCAAGAGUAUGAACGGCGCCAUCAGCUUAAAAUAAUGGAGGACCUAGAUAAAGUUCUCCGCCAGAAGCCCACUACGGUCAGAGGUGUCAAAAAGCAGAGGCCCAAAACGGUGUUUAGAGAUGACUCUGACCUUUCCAGCAGCCCUGCCAAAGGGUUAAUGGGUUCUAGGCUAAAUAAAGUUUACUCCCAUUCGACAACAAAUCUGUCCUCCAUGACCAAUGACAGCGGGACCCUAAGUGUCAGGAAAUCUCCAAGCAGUCGGUCUCAUUCACCAUCCAGACGGAUGUCUCCAGGCCGUCUUGCUGCGCAGAAUGGUGACUGGGAAAAUGGAUCUACUAUUUCAUCCCCGGCUUCCAUCCCAGAAUACACUGGGCCUAAACUCUACAAGGAGCCAAGCUUCAAGUCCAAUAAGUUCAUUAUCCAUAAUGCCAUUUCACGGUGUUGUUUGGCAGGCAAGGUCAAUGAACCCCAAAAAAACAAGAUUGUAGAGGAAAUGGAGAAAAGCACUGCAAACCAUUUCCUCAUCCUGUUCCGGGAUGCCAGCUGUCAGUUUCGGGCGGUGUACACCAUGAACCUAGAGACUGAGGAGAUGGUCCGGCUAACAGGCGUCGGCCCACGUGUCAUCUGUCCCUCUAUGGUGGAGUCCAUCUACAAGUACAGCUCUGACCGCAAGCAGUUUACAGCCAUCCCCUCUAAGACCAUGUCCAUGAGUGUGGAUGCCUUCACCAUUCCCAGUCACCUAUGGGAGCGCAAACGCCCAGGAACCCCAAAGAAGCUCGGGACCCCAAAAUAAAACCAGCUGGAAAU